AUGGCAUCUCCUCAGCCGGCGCGGCCUUCGUUUUCACGAAGCAACAGCUCGCAACACGUCAACGGAGCGACUGGAACAGCUCACGAUCGAAAGCCGUCUCUCUCCUCCUUUCCGCCCCGAUCAGUAUCCCAAAUGUCGCAUCAUGGCCCAGCUCAUCGCUCGCGCUCCCCGCAGCCGCCUCACGUCGAACCUGAUCGAACCUCCACUCUGAGCUCCAAAGGCAAGACUGCCUCCACGGGUACUGGCUUCUCCUCGCAGCAUAGCUCGCUCUCUGCCGCCGGUGUCACUCGUCAGUACAACAACGCCAUUGGCCGUCCUCGCCGCAAGUUGCGCUCGCAGUACCCCCGUGGGAGCACCGAAAACCAUGUCGAGUACAUCUUGGUCGCUUCCUUUGAUAUCGACCGUGGUCCCGUCAUGGAGCAUCAAUAUCCAGUCGCUAUCACCGGGGAUGAGCACAUGUUGGCUGAGCUCAUGCUUCCAGACCAGGCCCACGCACGAAACCAAGAUUGGACCAUAUUCUUCUUGCACAAGGAUUCUAGUCGCGAGGAGGACGAGGCAGACCGUCAGGCAAAGGAGGAGAGGCGUCGACGGAGAAAACGCAGACAGGAUCGCGAACAGGGCAUCAUACAUGAGUCAGAUGAUGAAGAUGACGACCUGGACGACGACGAUUGGGAUGACGAUGAAUCGACCGACGAGGACGAGCCUGAAGGUGGCGAAGGGCCUCCGUUAGUAUACGUUCUCAACCUCGUCAACACAAAACACGACAAAACAGUCAAGAGAGGUGCAGUGGUAAAGGCCAUGGCCAUCUGCACCCGGCACCCGUUUCUUCAUAUAUACAAGCCCCUUUUAUUAUUGGCUCUAGAUGAAUACUUCAAGUCUCCUGUUCCAGAGACCCUCUCCAUGCUGUUUGAUGCGGUCAACGAGAUGGACUUGUCGCUCAUGCCCAAGCUAAGCCUCCUGGAGAGGCAUCUGCUACAAAUGAGCAACAACAAGGACCUUUUCGUUGAAAAGUUUGAACAGAUGAUUCAAAAGCGGAUUUCAGAGGACCGAGAUGGCCUUGCGGACCAGCCUUUUGACGCGAGUAGGAGUCCGCCGAGAAGGCCAGGCAUUUUUCGACAUGGGACGACAGCGCACCUCAAGGGACAGUCAACUUACGCAGUACCUCGUGACACGCACGAGUUCGAGAGCAGAGUUAUGUAUAAGGGUAUCCCUAUUCCGAUCAAGGUGCCAACGGCGAUUAUGCCAGAGACUGUUGGGGAUUUCUCCCUGAUCAAACUCAUACAAAACUUCUCGGAACCACAUGCGAAAUCACCACAUCCUUUCCCUCUGCAUGCCCACCUGACCACGAACGGCCCCAAUACACACCCAAUAAUAGUGUUGGUCAACGGUCUGCUUACCCAAAAGCGAGUCAUCUUCCUAGGCCACAACAUGCCUUCCGGCGAGGUUGCCGAAGCGGUCCUCGCCGCCUGCGCGCUCGCAUCUGGCGGUAUACUCCGAGGGUUCACUCGCCACGCCUUUCCCUAUACCGACUUGACCAAGGUCGACGACCUUUUACGGGUUCCUGGUUUCAUUGCGGGUGUCACUAACCCGACAUUCGAACAUCAUCCUGAGUGGUGGGAUAUCUUAUGUGACCUGCCCAGUGGGAGAAUCAAGAUCAGUAGUCGAAUCGAGCAGCCGGCAAUUACGGAGGGCCUCGUCUACUUUCAGCAACAAAAUCCAACCUGCGCUUCACUCGUACACCAGAGCCACUCGAGCAGUGCGGCGGACUUGACAGGCGAUCAGGCCUUCAUGGCUGACAUGUUGAAGAGCAUAGCCACGAGAGCUGGAGAGCGUGUGAUUCGCGCCAAGUGGCGAGACUGGGUUCUCAAGUUCACACGCAUUGCCGCUGCCUUUGAGGAAAGCGUAUAUGGCGCCAGUGCUCUUUACAUUGGCAGUGAUGAGCACGACAACUACCCGCACACGACCAACUCUACCGGACACGGCUACGUGUGGGCCGACGACGAAAAAAAGAGCAAGGAGCUGGCAGGGAACGUCACGAGGAUAGAAGGCUGGAGGAAUACUAGGAGUUACUACAGCUUUAUCCAGGACGUCGCUCAGCUAUACACGAUCCGUCCGCUCAAAGGCCUGGAUCUCCAUCACAUGCAUGAUCGACUGCGCACGCAACGGUUGACGGCUAUGCAGAGCCGCGAUAUUUACCUGACGUUCGCCAAGUACGUUCGCAGCUACGACGAAAUCUGCUUGCUCCUCAGUGUCGCCCCCGAGGCACACGCCGGCUUGUUCUACAUUGCCCUUGGGCUUUUCCAUAAGGACAGAGAAGUCAGGGUGAAGACAGCGGAUUUGCUGGAGAGGAUCUCGCAGCACGAGGCAGGCCAGCAUUGGUGGAGAGGGCUCAGUCGGUUUGAGAAGCUGGCAUACGAUAGGAUCACGAAGGAGGUUCAGAUGGCUGAGUCUCAAGCUGGGAUGCAGGGGUUGGCGAUAACGCCAGGGUCGAGUGAGGACCCUAUGAGAAGGAUUAGCCGAGAGGGAUAAAGACCCUAAUGUAUGCGAUACCUAUUUGAUGUUCAGUCGGGGCAGGAGAACGAGUAAUUGUACAUGGACGGCAAGCAGGAGCAAUUCGUGCUGCCGGGAAGUUUCUCUUGAUCAUCACUUUCAUGUUUGCUGGCAUUCCCGUGGCAUAUAUAGCAGGCAUCUCAAUUCUUGGACGAGGCGGUUCUAUAGUAGAGCCCCGUUAAAGCAUU